AAAUUAUGAAAAAUCGAAUAAUUUGAAAUAUUUACAAAAAUAUUUUAAGUUGUUUGUUAACAUGCCGGGUGUGUAUGGUUGAUAAGAAAAGAGUGCAGACGUUAUUUUUGUUAAUAUUAACCUCCAAAGAUAUGACAAGCCACAAUGCUAAAAGUCCGGAUGUAGUCGGAUGAGAACAUGUAACCGCAGUUGUUAUUUGUGUAAAUGUUAUCACAUAUUUUUAAAACUAUAAGGUCUUGUUUUUGCAAAACACAUUCAAACAUUUGAUCACGUUCAUGCUGUGUGAAUUUCGCCUAUAAAUACUGAAACAGACGAGCAUAUACCACAGUCGACAUCUGACAGUUUCUACAGUAUAGUUGCAGUGUUCAGUGGAAAAUAUUCAAUUAAGAUAUUCCUAGCGUUCAGACGUGUGCUCUGGUGAGUUUUAUAUCGUUCAGAAGUGUGCUCUGUUGAGUGGCAAACUUUGAUUUUGUCGAAAACAAUUUUUUUUUUGAAAUUUUUAAAACAUAUUUAGUGUUUGGGUUCUAAUUUUUUUGAAUUCUAAGUUUUGAAUAUUUAUUAUUAUGUUAUUACUUAGUGUUGUUUGAUUUGGUCAGUUUUUUUUAAUAACGAAAACAUGAACACAUUCUUAGUCACUAAAGAUACAUUUAAGAAAAUUCGUAUUUCUCAUCCUUUAAUAACGAAAACAUGAACAAAUUCUUAGUCACUAAAGAUACAUUUAAGAAAAUUCGUAUUUCUCAUCCUUUAAUAACGAAAACAUGAACAAAUUCUUAGUCACUAAAGAUACAUUUAAGAAAAUUCGUAAAUUUGGCCUCCAGGGACGAACUCUGGAAUUUAAAAUCAGGGAUGUGCCGCAGAGUGAGGAACCUGUGGGAUGGGUAAAAAAGGCCAUCGAGGAGAUUGUACUUAAGGGAACAGAAGGUUUGGAACCAACCGAUCAGGUCGGUUUCACUUUUUGCUCGAAAGACUUUGCCAGAGGUCAGGGUUGGAUGAGGUUCAAGCCUGCCUGUGAAGUGACCGUUGAUGAUAUAUGGGAUAAGAUUAGUUCCAUAUAUCAGAGUAAUAGCACCGGCCUCAAUACCGAAACAUUUUGUUUGGGUAUUACGACGGUAAAACUGCCCGCGGGAAAAGGUGGUCCGAGAGGAAGAGCUUAUAACUCCUUUAACGAGGAGUGUUUGAAAAGGCGAGGAACUGUUGUUAUUAAAAACAAGGAUAAUCUUUGUUUACCUCGUGCUCUUGUGGUUGCAAAAGCUCACGUAGAUAAGGACCAAGAAUGGAAGAAGGUACGUCAAGAUAUUGGAAAAAUACAAGGACAAAGAGCCCAUCAACUGAUUGAAGCCGCUAAUGUAACAAUUCCUGUCGGAGGGGCAGGAAUACCCGAACUACAACAGUUUCAGGGACACCUCACAGAUUACAAAAUUGUGGUGUAUAGUUAUGGUAGCAAGGGUCGUGACGUUAUGUUCUGUGGUAACACUAAUGGUCCAGCGUUAAAUCUUUUGUAUCAUGAAGGACACUUUAACGUGAUCACUUCUUUGACAGCUGCUUUUUGUUGUAUUUAUUAUUGUGAGGAGUGCCACCAGCCGUUUAACAACAAAAACGACCACAGAUGUGGUGGUACAUGUUUUGCUUGUCGUCGUUCACCAGCUUGUUCCAAAGAUUGCGUGAAAAUACCCUGCGAUCAAUGUGGUCGAAACUUCUACGGUAAGGCAUGUUUCAAUGCUCACCUAGGAUCGGUAUGCGAUAAAAUCAAAAGGUGUAAGACCUGUUACAAGAUCUACACCAAAAGUCAUGUCUGUGGUGAGGUCUUCUGUAAAACUUGUAAGAAAAAUUGUCCGUCAGAUCAUCUUUGUUACAUACAGCCCGAUUCUGGUCUUCCUCCAUCAAGCGAUUUUCUAUUUAUAUUUUAUGAUUUGGAAACUAGUCAGGAAAAGAUAUUGGCUGAUGGUUCGCUUCUUCAAGAACCAAAUCUCUGUGUAUUUAAUCAACGUUGUUACAAAUGUCUCCCUGAGAUGAAAUUAGUUUUCUGUCAAUCUUGUGGAUUUCGCCAAAAGAUUUUGAGGGGUCUUGACGUAAUAAGUCUUUUUAUGAAUCAUAUUUUGCAAAUUAGAAAAAAAUUCAAGAAUGUUGUCGUGUUAGCUCACAAUGGAGGAGGCUUCGACCAUCAAUUUAUUUUAAAUUAUAUUUUAACAAAGACUGAUUUAACCCCUGAUCUCAUUAUGCGUGGUACAAAGUUGGUGUCAAUGGCUGUUGGUAACGCUCGUUUUCUCGAUAGUCUUAAUUACUUUCCAAUGGCGUUGUCUGCUCUACCUAAAGCUUUUGGGUUGACAGAGUUGAAAAAGGGAUAUUUUCCACAUCUGUUUAACAGAGAGGAAAAUCAAUCUUAUGUUGGACCUAUGCCUGAUCUAAAAUUUUACGACCCCGAUAAUUUAAAAGAUGAUGCACGUGACAAGCUGAUCGCGUGGCACGCUGAAAGAGUAGAUGAGGGAUACGUUUUUGAUUUUCAAAAGGAAAUUGUUGAAUAUUGUAUUAGCGAUGUUGAGAUUUUGACUAAGGCUUGUCUCACUUUCAGAAAACAGUUGAUGGAUACUUCAAAUGUCUGUCCGUUUUUCGAGGCAACAACUGUUGCAUCGACGUGUAACAAGGUAUUCAGGCGUAAUUUCUUACAACCAAACACAAUAGCCCUUAUUCCAAAAGGUGGCUAUCGUUUUAAAGAUAAUCAGUCGAAAAUAGCUUUGCAGUGGUUAUUGUGGGAAGAGAAGCAACGCUGUAUUAAAAUUCAGCAUGCCGCCAGGGGACCUGAAGCUCUUAUUGGAAAUUGUAGGGUGGACGGUCUUUACGAAAACACCAUCUUUGAUUUUCAAGGUUGUUAUUACCACGGUUGUCCUACUUGUUACCCUACAGAUAGAACUGCACCCCUUCAUGACGAUCCUUCAGAUUGUAUGGAAAAUCGUCAUGAUAAAACAAUUGCUAAAGUUAAGCAUCUCAGAUCAAUAGGAUAUGAGGUGGUUGAAAUAUGGGAAUGUCAAUUCCGUAAAAUGCUGACGGCCGAGAUAAAGGCGUAUACCGAGGGGCAUCCUCUUAUGGCUAGUUUACCUUUGAAUCCUAGAGAUGCUUUAUAUGGUGGUCGUACAGGCAAUACUGUAGAGUAUUACAAGUGUAAAGAUGGUGAAAAAAUUAAAUACGUUGAUGUUUGUUCGCUUUAUCCGUGGGUAUGCAAGUACGGAAAGUUCCCAAUCGGACAUCCAAAGAAAAUAUAUAUUGGACAGGAAUGCACUGCUGUAGACAUUACUGAGUUAUCUGGAUUAAUAAAGUGUAAGGUGCUUCCUCCUACAAACCUCUAUCAUCCUGUUCUUCCUACCAAGAUGAACAGUAAAUGUAUGUUCGUUUUAUGCCGAAAGUGUGGAGAGGACUUUGCGGAAGAAGAGUGUGAGCAUUCGAAUGAUGAACGGGCUCUAUCAGGUACUUGGGUGAUUGAGGAGGUAGUGAAAGCUUUAUCAAAGGGUUAUAAAAUAAUUGAGACCUAUGAGAUAUGGUCCUAUGAUACUUUACAGUUAUCGAAAUCUCAGAAAGGUCUUUUUUCCGAUAUGAUGAACAAAUUUAUCAAAGUGAAACAACAAGCUUCAGGGUGGCCGCGAGGAUGUGUAUCGGAUGAGGAAAAGAGCCGGUACAUCGAGGAGUUUCUUCAGAGGGAGGAUGUCAGGCUGGAGUUUUCCGACAUAACGGAGAACCCUGGUCUGAGGUCGUUGGCUAAGCUUAUGCUCAAUUCUUUCUGGGGUAAGUUCGCUCAGCGAGAGAACCUCCCUAAAACAUCCAUAAUAAACAAGCCUGGAGAAUUUUUUGCUAUGUUGAUUAAUCCAUCCAUUCAGGUUAAUACGGUGAUCCCUGUAAAUGAGGACACACUGGUUGUUACGUGGGAGUAUGUGGAGGAGGCGUACUCAAUGUCGUCAACAGUUAAUGUUGUUCUGGCAUCAUACGUUACGGCUCUGGCUCGUCUCAAAUUGUACUCUUAUCUGGAGAUUAUUGGGUCUCGGGCAAAAUAUUACGACACAGAUUCGUCUAUUUACCUUUCCAAGGCUGGCUUACCUGAUCUCCCAAUAGGUGAGUGUAUAGGUGACUUAACUGAUGAGUUGGGUGGGGGGUAUAUUUCAGAGUUCGUUUCUGGAGGGCCUAAAAAUUACGCAUAUAAAUACACUUUGCCUAACGGUGAAGAAAAAAUUUGUUGUAAGGUUAAAGGUAUUUGUCUAAAUUAUGAGGCAUCUAAAUUAGUUAAUUUCGAUACCAUUAAGAAGAUGGUACUUAUGAAGUCUGACCCUGUUUCUGUGGUGACUAAACAAAUACAAAGGACACAGGAUCAUUGUGUUAUCACAAAAACCCUUGAAAAAAAAUAUAGACCAAACUCAGCAAAAAGAAAAUUUUUUGAAGAUUUUACAUCCGUACCUUAUGGUUAUAAAAAACUUAAAAUUUAAACUAUAGCCCAGACUCAGCUUUUUUAUUUUUUAACACUAUACCUGUUUAACACUCACAAUCAACAUUUUUAAUUAGUAAGUUAUAUAUUAAUAGAUUACUUUUUGUUUUGUCAACAGUGGAUGCUUUUUCCUCUGCGAUACAACCGAUCGUCUGUCACACUGAAAAGUGGGUUACUAAAAAGUUGUAGUGAGUUGUCGUUUGUCCUACAUGAUUAAAAAUCGUUAAAAGAUGUUCAGUUAAGACCAUUAAAAGAUAUCUGAUAUAUAGCCCACUGGCAAAUUAAUGAGCCGUUCUGGUUACGUCCGUUGCUCGUGUAGCCACUCAUUAUAAAAGAUGGCAAUCAGAUCAUAAAAAGAUGUCUGCUGAACCAUUUCCUGUAUGUUUAAAAAAGAUGUUCAGUUAAGGUCACUAAAAGAUAUUCGUUAUAAAAAUGUACUAUAAAUAAUGUUAAUAAAAAGAUGCCUGCUGAACCAUUUCCGGUAUUUUAAAAUACAAUAAACAGUUUUCAGCUAUGAACCACUUUGUGAUUUUGUAACAUCAUUACAGCUUUGCUCGUUACUUACUAGAAGGUGGGGCAACAAUCGCUUGUUCUAUGCUAUCACAAAUAUAUAUAUAUUGAAUCACAUUUGAUUCCUCUGAGGAAAUUUGGUGGUUGUAGGCCUC